CAUAAUUAUUCUCAAUGUAAAUUUCCUUUUAUUUCAUAAUCCUGUUUUAAAUUUCGACACUGGCAAUGAAUCCGAAAGUACAACGCAGAAAACUUUCGUUUUUAAAAUAAGAUAUACAAUUAACAAGAUAAUUUUCAGGAGAAAACGCAACUUCUCUCUUAAUCUCGUUUUUUAGAAAUUUGUAAUUUUUCUUUCGAUUAUUUUAAUUCAAUUUCUACGACCAAUUGUUAUGUCAAAUAAGUCUGUUUAAACUUUAGACUUAUAUUUUAUUUAUAUAAUUAAUUGCGCUUCCCAUCGACAAUCGUGUUGAACAAACAAUCAAUCUCAAUCCCACGCCAAUCUACAUGUAAUGUCUUAAUCCAAUAGCGAGAUGGAUCCCCCUAUCAUACAAAUUCCGCGUACCGGUUCACGCGACGAGUCACAAGCACGGCGAACCCGCUAUUCGCGCGAUCGUCGCAGUUGCGAAAAGGAUCCCGUUCGUUUCGCUCGCGUUGCCGAAGAGCAAUAACGACGAAGGUCGAACAGCAUCGCUCAUCCCGAAGAUCAAGCUCAUCCUCUCAUCACGUACUUAUCUAUAUUGUACGUGCACAUAUCAACGUAUAUAUAAUAUAUACACAUCACUAGAAUGGCGGUGAUCCGGAUGUUAUUGUUCUUUGGUACGGCGUUCUUUACGCUUGUUAAAGUUGACGCUGCUCCGACGAGGUAUGAUCAACGACAGGAGGGCGAUGUCAACGUGCAUGCCCAGCUUGAAAAUUUUCUCUUCGUCGUGGCCAUUCCCAGCAACAACAAUCUUCUCGGCGACCUGGCGUUGCAGGCUCUCGAACUCAAGCAGCAAUUGAUCUCUCGGUCGAGUUCGAAGGGACAAGAAUCAAUUGUUUCCUCCAACGAAAAAUCUCUUAGGGCUGACAUAGCAGAACCUGCUGUGGAGAUUAUCCAGAUAAACGAAAAUCAUUCGAAUAAAGGAGCUACGAUACACAAAACAGAGGGACAAAAUGAGGAAGCAACAAAUGUUUCGAAUCAGCAAACAAUCUUUUCGAUCAGCAAUGCGCAACAAGAAGCGAAAUUUCCUGAAAGGAGCGCGAAAAAUAUGCCAGCUUUCGAAUUUCCCAAGAGUCGCGAGGAGCCGGCUAUUAUAGGAUACUUCGUGGAUGCGAGAAAAAUACUUGAAUCUAAGAUCGAGGACGAGGGACGGGCUCGAAAUGUAGUUGAGAAUGUUCGAAACCCCAUCAUCGAAUCAGGAAGACCGGGAACGACGUUGAAAAAACAAUUGCUUCAAAAAGAAGAGGAUAUCGAGCUGCCCUCAUCGAACGCAGAUAAAAACGACGUAACUUCAUCAUCCGAGGAUAAACAACAGGAUGAGCUAAUAUUGCUGGGCGACGAAUAUCACAAGAACUGCGGCCCAGAUGGAUAUCGCGAUGCAUCCGGUAUCUGCCAUUAUAAGUCGACCAUUAUAAGCCAUGCUCUUUAGCUUCAAGUUCCGAUGAUUAUAGUUUUAAAUAUUGAGAUAUACUACUUAAUAUCACAGUUAUCUCUCUCGAUGCAAUAGUUUAUAUUUUCCUCUUUUUAUUUAGCAAAUAUUAUAUCUAUUGUAUACGCAUAUCGAUUUCAAAUAGUUAGUUAAUUUUCUUUUAUUAGUGCAAGAAUUGUGUCGAAGAAUCUUUUGAUUUUAAUUUAAUGUUUAGAACGCGCUAAAAUGCAAAAUGGUUGUUAUUUUAUACAAACGAGUGUAAAGCGAAAGUUACACAUGUAUUUAUCAGGCUUUGAAUAAAAUAUUUAAAC